GUGGCACUUUCCAGUAAGACAGGUACGCUUGUCUGACCAGUUUGUGAGGGUUUUUUUUUCUCUGAGGUUUUGGGCACUGUACUUUUGGAGAGGGUCGUUCGGGUAUUAAAAAAAAACUGCAGCUAGUGUUCAUUACGAAACUAAGUUCUUCACUACAAAGCCGGUACUCAAGACUCAAAGGGCUCCUAGGUCUGGUUGGUACUUGUUCACUAGCGUUAGUUGUUUGUAACCUGCACUCCACAAGGGUUUAUAGAUCGUUGAUACCAAUUUAUUAAGCGACAUCAAAUAUUAAAUAUUACCGACUAAUGGAACAACUGUUUACCACCGAAUUUGACGUGUUUCAGAUAUAUUUUCUUUGUUUUGGGGCUUUGUGUUAGCUAGGUUAUUCAGUUAGCCUCUCCCUUGAGGACCUUUGUGUCAUGUUUCUCCUAGCAACCGAACGAUGCUUUGCGCCUUGCUGACAGUUUAGACCAGGCAAACUUUUUUUUUCUCAGAAAUUAGCCAUCAUACACAGGUUCAGUGAUUACUUCGUUGGCUGUACCCAAAAAUAAACGAAGAUGGGAGAUUUUUCGAGGCAACACACAGAGAUAAAUCAUCACUGAAGUGUGAAACACCAUUCAUACAUGCAAAGCAAGUUAACGGCUGGUGAUGUAAAUAACACUGUAAAUAUGCCUCCUGCAUCAGCAGCUCAUGGAAUAGUCCCUAAUCCAGACAGAGGGUUGGGCUUAAUUUUGUUACUGGGAACUGACUAUGAAAGGAAGAAACAGAAACUUCAGCAAGAGCUUCAGAUGGACUACAGACAUUAUGCUGCCAAGAAAAAAGGUCUGAGAACUAGUGAACCUCAUCCACAACCACAAGGUCUCUCUCUACCCAUUGAUGAGAGGACAUCAGCUAAGGAAAAACUGAGAGAGGAGAGAAAUAAAGAAUAUAAUCUUUUCCUUCAGGAAAAAGCCCAAUUCAGACGGUUAAAGAGGGGAACACUUCCUGUCACUUCUAAGCCUGGACAGGUUCAAGCUUCAGAGGCUGCAUUCAUUUCUUCUCCAGCCUCUCCUCUGCCCAUCCUCAGCACCCACACAAACGUCUCCCCUCCUUCCAGGGAGCGCCCUGCAUCCAGGAGGGAUGCUGCCACUCUGACUGAGGCUGUGGACCAUGGAAAAAGCACAGGGACUUGGGAUCCAGGCUGUCGGGGGCGAAGGCGAUGGCAACUCCAUAGACCAAAAGAGCCCUAUAGCUCAGAGGAAGAGCUAAUUAUAGACAAAGAGGAGGAGUUGGAGUUCAGACACAGGAGGAGAAAGGACAGAUACAGUCCAGAACCUGAGGAGAAAGAGGAGAGGAGAAUCAGAGAACAAAGAGCUAACAGGUUUAGCCUUUUUCCUAAAGCUCCUCAGGACAUAAAGGAGGUGGAGGCCCCUGGUGUUCAUGAUCAGAACAACAAUGACUUGGUUUGGAAGUCAGACCUGCAAAUGCCAGACAGCAUGAGGAUGGCUGCAAGAUCUAGAUCUGCUACCAGCAAGAAUAAGGCUGAGUUUGCUACUGGGCUACUAAUUGGGGCAACAGAAGAGCAGAUGGCCUCUCAGCUAAGGAAAGAACGGUAUAAGCAGGAGCUUCUGAAACAAAUUGCAGAACAGCAGAGAAAUAAGAUGAGGGAGAAGAAACUUGAGCUCAGGGUUGCAGCUACUGGAGCCACAGACCCUGAAAAAGAGCCCAACAGAAUUAAGCAGUUUGGAGCUGUAAAUCGGCAAUAUGACAGCUGGAGACGAGAUGUUCCCUACAAACCUGGAAUAGAUCUGGAGGCCGAAGGGAAGGACCCAAAUCUGAGGCCUAAAGAUAACAAACCCACUGAAAAUGCAGAGCAGAGAGCCCCCAAAGGAAAGUCUCAGGUGGACUACAGUACAGCUCUCAGUCAGCUGGCAGGAAACACAGUGCCUGGGUUUGGGACGGAAGCAGCACAAGCUUUCCCCUCAUUGGACUAUUUUAAUGAGGACUACCACAGGGACUUCUCCAACAUGUUAGGAGAGGUGGCCAUUCCAAGGGUUGCUGGUGCUCCUCCUCCAAUACCUCCAACUGUAAAAAAUGAUUACAAGACUCCAUAUGAUGCAGCUUAUUACUACUAUGGAACAAGAGAUCCAUUGGAUCCUUUCCCUCGCUAUCAAAAUGGUCUGUCUGAAGGGGUGCAACAGUCUGGGAAUCUCCAGAGUCCUCCUCAGAAACAACCUCCUCGCAGACCUGGUCGCCACACUGAAGCAACUGAUCAACAUAGAGCAUCUCCCCUGGAUGUAGGAGAGCUUCAUGAAGAGAAGUCCAAACAGAGGAGAGAGAGUGCACUGAGCUACCAGGAAGCUCUCAGGCAGCAGAUCAAAGAAAGAGAGGAACGUAAAAGAAGAGACAAAGAAGAGAAGGAGCGGUAUAAUGCUAAGAUGGAAGCCGAGAUGAUGGCGUACAACCCCUGGGGGCGAAGUGGGGGAGGCGCUCCGAUUAAAGACCAAAAAGGCAACCUUUUCAGUGACCUAAAUCAAAUGCACAGGGUCAAUGAGGAGUCAUCUAGGAAUCCUGUGUUCAAGAAUAGUGAACAAAGUGGAGUUGAAGCCAGGGCUCGCCUCUCCCAUCGACUGUCAGGUUUCAGUGAACAGCCAACUCCACAGCAGCUCCAAAUGCAGGACAGAUACAAAGAAGCCCUGAAACAACAGAUAGAGGAAAACAAAAGAAAGCAGACAGAGGAGAGAGAACGAAUGAGGAUUGAGGAGGAGAAAGAAGAGAGAAGGCUGGCGGAGCAAAGGGCUCGCAUACAGCGGGAAUAUGAGGAGGAGCAAAGGAAGCAGAAGAAGAUUGAGCAUAGGCCAGAGAUCCAAAGUUGGAUCAGUGAACCUAAAACACAUCGCCAGGAGGAGGAAAUGAAGGUGGGGCAGGAACAAGAAACUGAGAUGAAGGUACCACAGAGCGCCAGGGACAGAGAGGAGAAAAAGGCGCAGUUGAGUUAUGAGAGAGAACCAUCCCCUCCCAUCCCAGCCUUGCAGAAGAAGCAGACAAACCUUGUGGCAUCCAGACCUUCCUCUGUUGUGAGCCAACUCUCCCCUAGGACUGAGCGCUCUGUGUCAGCACCACACUACCGACCAGUCCCUGUGAAAAUACCCCAGCUACAAGAUGGUCACCAGGAAGUGAUCAGAGAGCUUUCAGCCCUCCGUAGGUACCUGAGGAAAGAGCAGAGACAACUGGAGGUUCAGCUGGGUCAAACAGAUCGACAGGAGAGUCACUACUCUCCCCCCAGCAGGCCCAGAAGACGUCCCAGAGAGGAUGCCUUUGAAUUAGUGCCCAAGCAAGCUGAUCGGCCACCAACUGCAAGAACUGAUGCUGCACAUGUUAACAUGCAAAACAUCAGGGAGUUCAACCACCUUAAAUACAGAGACACAGCAUCUCGUGAGGAGGUCCUUCACAUGUACCCUGAACUUCCCACUGAUGCACAAAGUCUGGACAUCCAACAGCAGGCACUUCUACGUGAACAACGCAAAUUUAGGCUUAUGAAGAGAGAAGAAGAGCAUGACUUUUUGGACCAGCAAGAGAGCCAUUAUUACCCUAGGAACAAACCCGGGUGCUUCAUCCACAGAGACUCCAUGUUGCCAUCUGAGACUGCUUUCAUUGAUGUUAACAGCAGAGACGCAUGUGAAGAGUGGGUUCAUCGAGCGGAGAUCCCCACAGCUCUCAGCAGAGCACUGGGAGAGGACAGCCCCACGGAGGAGACGUGACUAUGAUAUUUUCUUGAAUCAGAGGGAGUGUGACAUUCAGCCAGAUGCUCAGUCCCUGUUGUCAUCAACCAGCCUGAAUGAUGAGGCCAGAACCCACAACCAGCGCUGCACCAGGAGACGAAGACUCGCAUACUGGUGAACACAACAACAAAUCAGAGAGGCUGUCUGGUGAUGAAGGGGAUGUCUUGUCUUUGCGGUCUGCCCUGGAGAGGCGUGUCUCCGUGGAGACUGUUGCCACAGAGCCCUGGCUGCGGCCCGGUACCUCAGCUGCUGUAAAAGGCUCAGCCUAUAGAGAGAGACCAAGCAGCAGGAUGGAUGCUCCACCCUGGCUGACACACCGUGUCACAUAACUCUCAUCAGCUUAUCUCUGGGGAUGGGACAUUGCACUGAGUGAGGCUUGCCAAACUCCCUUUUCUGUUGCUGCGGGUGGUGGUUGAGGAGUAUCCUUGAUGCGUGAAUCAUUUUACACUGUCUUACAUGUUAAAUGUGGGUAUGGCUGCAGAGCUUCAAAAGCUUAUUAGAUACCAGAUAAUGCUAGUAAAAAAUAUCAAUGUCUGUCUGCUAGACAAGAAGCAGCUUAUACAAAACUCACUUUGGUAAGUUUCUCUAUGCAGAAAAAAUGCAGUUUUUACUGUGCAAUACAUAUUAACUGCUCCCAUGAAUGUUUUAUAAGGUGCAUAUCUGUUAAUGGUUCAUAAACAUAUGUAUAGUACAUUUUCAUGUAGUUACUUUAAUUAUAAAUAUACACUGGAGAGU